UCAGUUCAAAAAGUUCUCUUCCGUCAAUAACAUCAGCAUGAAAUUGUAUUUGGCUAUUUUCAUGGUCCAUUUCACAUUGUGGAAUGCAUAUGCCGCCAAUUUACAAGAAUGCUCAUUUGAAUGUGACAAUACUAAGGCUCCAAUCUGCAGCUUCGAUGGCAAAAGUUGUUAUUAUGAGCAUACGAAUGACUGUUUUCUGGCCCGUGAGAAGUGCGCUCGUCAGAUAUUGAAUCUAAGCGUAUUGCAGCAAGGCACUCGAACAAAAUGCUUAGAUAACCAAAGGCCAAUAUGUCACAACCUGUCCACAGUUCCGAAAGUAAAACAAGCAUUGCGCAAGCAUUUUAAAUAAUAAAUGAUUUUUAACUAUUAA